CGAAAACACCCGAGUGCGAAGCAGCCACUUUCCGGAAUAUCCGGGUGCUGUGGCUUCAACAUAAACAGCAAUGGCGGAGGCAGCGGCGGCGUCAACAGCGGCUCCAGCAGUUAUCGGAGGCUGGACCAAGCACGUAACCUGCAGGUAUUUCAUGCACGGGCUUUGCAAAGAGGGCGACAACUGUCGGUAUUUACACGACCUCACCAGCUGCAAGCCAACCAUGGUCUGCAAGUUCUUCCAAAAAGGAUGCUGUGCUUUUGGGGACCGUUGUAGGUAUGAACAUACCAAGCCUGCAAAGCAAGACGAAGCCCCUAGUUCUAAGCCGUCGGUGCCGCUGUCCGCUGCUCCCCUUGCUGGCACUCCCGAUCCGGCGUCUGAUGGGCCGGAGGGCACGACCGGCACCCAGGAGAAGCCCCAUAGCUCAGGGGCAGUGGACUGGGUCAAUGCUGCCGAGUUUGUGCCAGGGCAGCCCUACUGCGGGAGGGCUGAGGGGUCUGGCCCUCUCAUCGAAGAAGAGUAUGAGAAAGACCAAACUAACAAAGAACUGAAGAAACAACUUUGCCCGUAUGCCGCAGUCGGUGAGUGUCGCUACGGUCUUAACUGCGCGUAUCUUCAUGGUGACGUUUGCGACAUGUGCGGCCUACAGGUGCUCCACCCAUCUGACUCCUCUCAGCGCUCACAACACAUCAGGGCCUGCAUUGAAGCUCACGAGAAGGACAUGGAGAUCUCGUUUGCCAUCCAGCGCAGUAAGGACAUGAUGUGUGGCGUGUGCAUGGAGGUGGUGUUCGAGAAAACCAACCCGAGCGAACGCCGCUUCGGCAUCCUGUCCAACUGCAGCCACUGUUACUGCCUGAAGUGCAUCAGGAAAUGGAGGAGCGCCAAACAGUUUGAGAGCAAAAUCAUAAAGUCCUGCCCAGAGUGUCGAAUCACAUCCAACUUUGUCAUACCAAGCGAAUACUGGGUAGAGGACAAGGAGGAGAAGCAGCAACUCAUUAAGAAGUACAAGGAUGGCAUGGGGACUAAACCAUGCCGAUAUUUUGAUGAAGGCCGCGGGACCUGUCCAUUUGGAGCCAAUUGCUUUUACAAGCACGCGUUUCCCGAUGGCCGUCUGGAGGAGCCUCAACCCCAGAGGAGACAAACCGGCUCUAACGGAAGAAACCGGAACUCCAGGCGAACGCCGCUGUGGGAUCUUUUCGACGAGCGGGAGAACAGCGACUCCUUCGACAACGAGGACGAGGAGAUGGUGACGUUCGAGCUCAGCGAGAUGCUCCUCAUGCUCCUGGCGGCCGGCACCGACGACGAAGCCACCGACUCCGAAGAUGAGUGGGAUAUGUUCCACGAAGAGCUGGACGAUUACUACGAGCUUUACCUAUAGCAUCCUUCCCGAAGUCUCUCCUAGAUUAACCCCGUGCCCUCUUUACUCUUUCUAUCCCUGUUAGAAACUAGACAGGACUCUGAUGGGCAGUAGUGUCUUUUCCCCCCGUGUUGUGGCAGUGCCUUUCAGCAGGCCGUUAAAAAACGACAAAUUCAUUAUAAAGUCGAUAAAUGAAUAUAAAAACACAAGUCAAAAGACAUGCAGAUAGCUCUUCUUUUCUAGAAAGCCUUCUCCAUCCUGUAAGACCACGUCCAUGUCUGGUUAACGUACAAGAAAAAGUAUAAAGAGCAAAACAAAAGUAAUUUAAAAAAAGGACACUAAGUUAUAUAUAAAUAUAUAUAUGAUCAGAAAGAUAUAGCUAAUAAACCUUACGCUUACUAAGUGUGGGUUUCACAUCUUUAUCAUUGACUGUGAGGAUACAGCAACUGUGUUUGGCUUCACUAACUGGUGGCUGUUAAUGUUUCUGAUAUUUUAAAAAUAUCUCUCUUCUCAUGCACUGAUUUUGACUGGGUGGUGGUGGUGGUGGUGAGCUUCUGUGAUGUCACAACGCACUCGAAAACGUUCACGCGGGCGACUCGUAACAUUGAACAUUUACCCUUAAUGUAUCGCCCUUAUCCACCGAGUUGUUUUGUACCCAUUUAGCCGUACCUGAUUAGCUGUGGUAAUCGAUGGACAGUCCCACCCAAGAACUGAGUGCACCAAUACUACCCGAAAGCAAACUUGAAUGCAUUCAUGAAGCUGAAUGUUUCGUCAGUUUAACUGUCUAUUAAUUGUAAAGAAACCUGUUUCGCUUCAGUGAGUAUUGCAUAUUAAGCUCAUUUGGCAGUAGUCAAACCACAAACACCCAAUUGUUAUUCGGUUCUUGUCGAACUUGGUCGAUAUGCAUAUGUUUAUACAGAAAUGUGCUUGUUUUCUAUGGUUCAGAACCAUCCAAUGUAACUUGAAAUUAAAGUUUAUUAUCAAAUGAG